UGUGUGUGUGUGUGUGUGUGCAGGUUAGAGCGAUGAUGACGGAGUCUGCCUUCAGUAUCGAGGAACUGGAGGAGCUCUACUGUCUCUUUAAGUCCAAACACAUGACGAGCUGUUAUUGGGGCUCCAGCAGCUCUGCAGCUGAGCACCAUGACCCCAGCCUGCCUUACCUGGAGCAGUACCGCAUCGACCCAGCUCAGUUCACUCAGCUGUUCAACGCACUGGCUCCCUGGGUCUGUGGAGGCCACACCUCCACGCUGUCGACCCGCCUCUUCAGACUCCUGGACCAGAACAAGGACGGACUGGUCAACUUCAAAGAGUUCAUCACCGGACUCAGUGGGAUGUACCACGGAGACAUGACCGAGAAACUCAAACUGCUGUACAAGCUCCACCUCCCACCAGCUCUGUGUCCUGAGGAGGCGGAGUCUGCUCUGGAGGCGACACACUUCUUCACUGAGGAGGAACCUCAAGAAUCUUCCCUCCUGUCUGAUCUGGACAUGUUGACUCAGCAUGAAGUGACUUCAGGUUUGUGUCUUUGUGGUUUUGAGGAACCUGUUACUCCUCAGGCUGAUGGUCUUGAUGGUCCUGAUGGUCUUGAUGGUUCAGGUUUGACAUUGUCCACCUGCCCACAGCCAGUGAUGUCACAGCAGUUGUUUCUCACCUGGACUGUAGUAGACCCGGGUCUCUGAUGUGGACCCGGGUCUCUGAUCCCCCAGUAGAAUCUAUGAUCAUGACCUUUGUUACUGGUCCAGCUCCAGCUGUUUUAAGUGUGCUAUGACAUCACUGUUGGGGGUGUGGCCAGAUGAUCAGAGCAGGAGACAUUUUAACUAACAGUUUGAACUUAUUUCAUUCUUUAUCACAACAUUUGUGCUUUUUUAUGAUGAUGGUGGUGGUGAUGAUGAUGGUGGUGAUGAUGGUGGUGGU